AUGGCCUUCCCCGUGUAUGGCGGGCAUGAGCACCCGCCGAUCCGACCCUAUUCCGUCCCUCCUUUCCCGGUCAAGCGCCGGACCGCCGAUGUUGACGACGAAAACUACGAUGAAGACGGUUCAAGAUAUAAGAGAUACAGAUCUGCUCAGAAGGUGAACAGGGGAAGUGCAGGAUGCAAUGUUGGGAGUUGGUCGCAACAUCAUCAUUACCAUCAACAACCAGUUAAGGGCGGAAGUGAAGAGGAUACAUGGUUCAUGGCCGCUCGGGGCAUGCACGAUCAGCAUUACCGGCAUCAAGUUCAUUUUCAUGCAGCGUCGUAUCACCAGCAGCAGCAUAACCAUCACCAUCACCACCACCACCACCACCACCACCACCAUGCUCAUCACCAGCAAACCCAACAACAGUCUCAGUCACCAGAACCAAGCUCGUCUGCAAUGGAGAGAACCGCAUCAGGUCACUCAAUCCGAGCCGAACCGACUCCAGCAGGUCCUGGCGGUGGCACCGAGUUAUUAGAGGAUGAUAUAGCAGCAGAGAGGGUCCGGGCUCACAUGGCCAACUUUCGACGCAAGUUUCCCGACUCAAAGCAUGAGCGCAUCCUCCGGAGCAUCAUUAACCCACGGAUCAACGCCGAAGAUGAGCUGGACAAUGAUUCUCUUGAGAGCAUAUUUUCAGCCGCAAACGAGAUCUUCUUCAAUGGCCGUCUUAGCCAGCGGGUACGGUGGGAUUGGUCAGACGAAUCAAGCACGCGGUACGACAGCAGGGUUAUUGGCACGACUGCUUUGCGAAGGGCACAUCCGACUACGAGGGGGUUCGAAACGCUCAUAGUGUUGUCGGCCCCCAUACUGAAGCACUCCAACUACAGUCGACGACUGCUUAUAUCGACCUUUCUUCAUGAGUUGAUUCACAGCUACCUGUUCAUCUGCCGCGGGUUUCGAGCUAGAGAGUGUGGUGGACACACCAAGGGGUUUCUGACGAUUGCGAAACUGGUGGAUGACUGGGCAGGUCCGGAGAGUGCGCUCUACUUGAGCGAGGCGGAAGCGGAUUUGGAACGGUUUCGGGUUGGAGGAUCGAACGACAACAAUAGAUCCCACGGAUCUGAACGUUUCGAGCGGAGGGAGCACAGCUUCUACCCAUGUUCCGGGAUCAUGGAGCAACGAAGGGAUCAUGCGACGGCUAUCGAGGUUAGGAGUUACAACACUACUCCUAAUAGUGGCAGUUCUCACGCAUUUCAUGAGAACUACUACCAAACCAACACCAGAAGCGGUAGUUUCAUCAACAACAACAACACCAGUGCCAGCACCAGCAGCUGGUGGAUCCAGCCUGUCCGAUCCUUUUGUACUGCCGAUGAAAGGAGCCCGUUUAUACGUUUCAAUUAA